AAAUUUCGUUCCUUUUUUCCGUAAAUCAGUUGCAUAACAGAGAAUCGUUAAAAUAAAGUCAUGUACAUUAAUUUUCCAUUAGAAUAAAAAAAUAAUUUGCAGAUAUGUUCGAUAUUAUCAUUUAUUAAAAACGGAAAGUUAGUUUAUAAAAAGGAAAAACUCUUGAUUUCCCUGAAACACCCUCGGUCUUAUGAAGACGGUCAAGGGUAGCUCGGCUCCUAUAUAUACAAAACUCAAGUCGGUGGCCUCUCACAGAUCAAAAACCUCUCUGAGAUAAAGCGAGAGGACGAAACCAAUCUCUCCGGUUCUCAAAUCUUUGUAUUAAAAAAGCUUCAUCGCUUAUAAUCUUUUGGUUUCUUUAAGCUACGAAACCCUAGAUUUUGUGUAGGAACCAAAACAUUGAAUUUGAUCCUAGAGAAUGAGUGAUCAAAAUUUCGAAGCGAGUAGUAAUCCAGUGGACCGUACCAAUCAUCCUUCAGGGAUAGUUCCCACUCUUCAAAACAUCGUCUCUACAGUUAACUUGGAUUGCAAGCUUGACCUAAAAGCGAUAGCUUUGCAAGCACGUAACGCCGAAUAUAACCCUAAACGUUUUGCUGCUGUGAUCAUGAGGAUAAGGGAACCAAAGACCACAGCGUUGAUCUUCGCCUCGGGAAGAAUGGUAUGUACUGGAGCCAAGACCGAAGACUCCUCCAAGCUGGCUGCUAGGAAGUACGCUCGGAUAAUUCAGAAACUUGGGUUCCAAGCAAAGUUCAAAGACUUCAAGAUUCAGAACAUCGUAGCUUCGUGUGAUGUGAAGUUUCCUAUAAGGCUUGAAGGUCUUGCGUACUAUCACCACGCUUUCGCAAGCUACGAGCCGGAGAUAUUUCCAGGACUUAUUUACAGGAUCAGAGGAAAGAUAGGGAUGAAAGGAGCACAGAUUGUGCUACUAAUCUUUGUGUCUGGGAAGAUAGUUAUCACUGGAUCCAAGAAGAGAGAAGAGACCUACAAAGCCUUUGAGAAUAUCUACCCGGUCCUCACACAGUUCCAGAAGAAGUUCACCGCUAGGCUAUAGAUCUUGGAGUUGUGUUGUGGUCUUUUAGCCCCUUGGGACGAUUUUUUUUCCCCUUAACGACUGUUGAUUUUGAUGUUUGGAAUAUGAGAAAUAUCGUAUGGUGGAAGUAUAUUCAUAUUUACAAAAUAUCUUUCAAAGUCUUGUAAUCUAUAUAAGACGUAGUAGAGCGGAACUUGUGGUCCAGUGGUAGUGGACGAGCCUUGGAUGAAAACACAUUCCGAGUUCGAUCCUCUUGCUGCGGAAACUAAGUCACAUUGUUCUGCUCACCACGGCUGCGGAUACGUCCGUAUGAAAACCCGGGAGAGGGCUGUCGUGGACUGC